AGAGAGAGAGAGAGAGAGAGAGAGAGAGCCUCCUUGGGUUAGGUAGACAAGACAGAAGAAAAUUGGAGCUUCUUCCUAAAUAAUUGUUGUCCACUUUUGCAGUUAGGAUUGACAUUUUCAAGUAAAAAACAAUCAAUUGGGGGGUGACUUCUUCUGAUGAUGAUGAGGAAAUUAAGGGGAAAGUAAAAAAAAUUAGAGAAGUUCAUGCGUUUGUUUGUAUGUAGCAGGUCAUGGUACCUUAUAAAAUGCACAACAUGCCUUUGAGAACUUUUGCCUCAGUCUCUCCCUCUCCCUCCCUCCCUGUGAUCUCUCUCUCUCUCUCUCUCUCUCUCUCUCCCUCCCGUCAAGAGACAACAUGGCAACGGCUUCUCUCACGGCACCGGCACUGCUCAUUCUACUGCUGGCUAUUCCGGCGGAGGUGCAUGGGGCAACUCACACUGUGGGCGAUUCCUCGGGGUGGACCCAAAGUUAUGACUAUGGGACUUGGGCUGCUUCCCAGACUUUCAAUGUUGGUGAUACUCUUGUGUUCUCGUAUGCCUUGACCCACUCGGUCGAUCAAGUGAGCAAAGACGACUACGACAACUGCAACGUCGGCAGCGCCCUGAAGUCCUUCACCGGCGGGAGCAGCACCAUCACCCUUAGCUCAGCUGGCCCGAUGUAUUUCAUUUGUCCCACGCUUGGCCACUGCUCCGGGGGCAUGAGACUGGCGAUCACCGUUGGCUCAUCGAGCACCACCCCUAGCUCCCCAUUGUCGCCUCCCUCCACGGGCACGCCGACUGGGUCUCCACCCUCCACCCCUACCGGAACAACCGCUCCACCGCCGCCUAAAGCCAACGGGGCCGCCGGUGCUUUCGGCAUGAGCCAUGUGAUGAUCGGAGUCUCAUCUGUGGUAGUGACCGCGAUUGCUCUAGUGUGCUAGGGAAGAGCCAGUGCAAUUUGCUGUGGAAUUCUGCCCUCUUUAGUUGGUUAUUGUAUGCAACAUUUGGCGUGUGGAAAAACAUGGUCUCUCGGAUUCCAUUUGAUUAUCUAUUGAGGUAUUUCUGAUUCUUGA